AUGAUAUAUUAUUAUCGCACUUUUCAGACUCUCAAGAAUUUUCUUCCCUAUUCCAAUUUUCAUAAGUUAACAUCUUUUCAACAAAUCAAGAAUCAAAGAUAUUUACCAAAAAAUUCUCUAUCAUUUUCUACAAAUUCAAAGUCACUUAUUAAAGAAAUUAUAAAAAAUCAAACUUCACUUUUAAUCAAAUGGUCGAAUUCAAAUUCUUUAUCAAAUUAUAAUUAUAUCUGGUUACGUGAUAAUUGUCAAUGUCCUCUUUGUGUUCAUCCCGAUAAUCGUCAAAAGUUAUUAUCAAGUUCAGAAGUUCCUCUUGAUAUCAAACCAAUUUCGAUCGAAUCUUCUUUAGAUAAAUUAGAAAUCACCUGGGAUAAUGACAUAUAUCCAAUUUCAUUCCUUCAUUCUUAUUCUACAAAACAAAAUAUUUUAAAAUUACAUUACAACCAUUUAAAACCAAUAUUAUGGGAUUCAUCAUCCAUUAUUAAUUCUCAAAAUCUUUGGAUAUCUUAUAAUGAUUAUAUGAAUUCAGACAAAAUUUUACUUGAUUCUCUGAGACAAUUAUGGGAUUAUGGAUUAGUAUUUAUUAAAAAUGUUCCUACUGGCGAUGAUGACGACAAAGGGAUUUUAAAUGUUGCAGAAAGGAUAGGAAACAUCAGAUCAACUAUUUAUGGUAAAGUUUUUGAUGUAAAAUCCAUACCCGCCGCUAAUAAUAUCGCUUAUACCAGGUUACAAUUCUUGCAUUGCUUAAAAAAUUCAGUUACGGGUGGUCAAAGUAUAUUCUCCGAUACAUUUAAAGCGAUCCAAAAAUUAAAUUUCCACCAUCCUAAUUAUUUUAAUCUCUUAACAACAUUUCCUUUAACAUUUCAUUACAUAAAUAAUGGUCAUCAUAUGUAUUAUAAUCGUCCUGCUAUUGUAAUAGAUGAUUAUAAUGAUACUUUAACCGUAAAUUAUGCACCUCCUUUUCAAGGUCCUAUUGAAUUCACUUUGGGUUCCAAUGAUGAUGAAAAUGAAAUUAAUUUAAUCGAAUUUUAUAGAGCUUAUCAACAAUUUUGUAAAUUUAUUGAAGAACCUUCGUUGAAAUUUGAAUUGACUUUAAAACCUAGUGAUUUAGUUAUAUUCGCUAAUAGACGUGUGUUACAUGCGAGAAAAUCUUUUGAUCCUCAAAGUGGUCAAAGACAUCUUAAAGAGUGCUGA